AUUGAAGAUUUGAACAUUAGCCAGUUAAAACAGUGCGGCAACAUGUAUUAAAUUUAUGUUUUCUUUUUACUUUAAUAUUUUAUUAAGCGUCUAGCAACUAAAAAAAAUUGAGCAAAACUGACGAGCUCAAGGAAUACACCACAUGUUCACAUCUUUCGUGCGUAGUUAACAUCUGCUGUGAAUGUUUUUUUCUAGGUUGCUAUUUUAACUUUUGGUGUUGUGUUGGUGGCAGCGCAUGUUUGUUUGGACUUCGGGAUGUUCUGUCAUCGUUGAGGUUAUAAAUUCACGUCCUUGGUCCUUGCGAAAGUGGCCUCCCUACUGUACCACUGCUACAGAACUCUAGUUUCGAGGCAGAGCAGGCUGGCGAGACGGUGUCUGUCGACGAUGGAGACACAAGUUAGUGACGGCACAGGCAUCUUGUACGGGUCGUCAGGAGACAGAGCAGAAGAUGAGGUGCCGGGCAAGCAGAUCCGUGCGCGCCUGGCCCACGCCUUCAACUACUGGCUGGAGAUCCCGGCAGACAAGCUGGUAGCCGUGGGCGACAUCAUCCAGAUGCUGCACAACGCCAGCCUGCUGAUCGACGACAUCGAGGACAACUCGAUCCUGAGGCGAGGCAUCCCGGUGGCACACUCGAUCUACGGCAUCGCGGGCACCAUCAACUCGGCCAACUACGUGAUGUUCCUGGCGGUGGAGAAGGCGUUUGCGCUGGGGCACGCGGAGGCGACGCGAGUCUGCACGGAGCAGCUGCUGGAGCUUCACCGGGGCCAGGGCAUGGAGAUCUACUGGCGAGACAACUACAUCUGCCCCUCGGAGGACGAGUACCGCAUCAUGACCAAGAGAAAGACGGGAGGCCUGUUCAUGCUGGCCAUCCGGCUCAUGCAGCUGUUCAGCUCCAACCAGAGCGACCUGUCGCACCUCACCGGCAUCCUGGGGCUGUACUUCCAGAUCCGCGACGACUACUGCAACCUGUGCCUGCAGGAGUACGCUGAAAACAAAAGCUUCUGUGAGGACCUGACUGAGGGGAAAUUCAGCUUUCCGAUCAUUCAUGCAAUCUUAAGUCGACCGAGCGACAACCAGGUCAUAAACAUUCUGCGCCAGAGGACUCGGGACGUGGACCUGAAGAAGUACUGCAUCAGUCUGCUGGAGCGCUUCGGCUCGUUCGCGUACACGCGCGACACCUUGCAGGAGCUGGACGCGGAGGCCCGCGAGGAGAUAGCGCGGCUGGGGGGCAACCCGCUGCUUGUCGAGAUCCUGGACUCCCUCCUCAACUGGCGCUCCUAGGCCUCGCCAGCCCACCACAGCGGUGCCUGCUUGCUCCCUUCUUUGGGGUCCGGACCCCACCCGCGUCCCCUGGCCGGAUGGCUGCUGCCCUCUGACAUCGCUGGCUGUUGGGGCCCGCUGGUCCAGGCCAUCAGGGUGGAUUCCAGCUGGAUCCAACAUGAAUUUUUCGCAAGUGAUAAACGUGGUAAACGAUGCAGUGAAGUGGUGGGUUUUUUCAGGGUGCUCCCAUUUCCUCCACCAAUUCUUCCAUCACUGCUCCCUCCACAUACCUAAACCCUCAUCGUCUCUACCAACCUUGAUGUCCAGGAAAUGUUGAGUGUUCAUUCUUUCACUUAACAUGUUUUAUAGUAUAACCAUCACUCGCAUAGCUCUUUCACACUUUUAUUAUAGUUUAAAAAUUUGGAAAAAUAAUUCUCGCAUUUUGCUUGAUAUUUUUGGUUCCGCUGUUAGAUUUCGAGCUCUUUGUGUACAUAGUAAGCAUGACCUUGCCAAAUAUCACAGGACAAAGCUCCAUGCAACAGCGACGGUUUUGAAAUUGCUGUCAGGCCGUGUGGUAGUUAUAAUGGGAAAAUAUAGUCAUUAAAAACUUGUUUAAGAUUUGCCUGCACAAUAUGAAUUCCCGUCCAGUACAGUCAAAUGUUUUGGUUCCGCCAUUUGCUCCAUAAGAUGUUUUUUUUUUUUUUUUUUAACCUAUGUAAGAUGUUGCCCGUAAACUUCUCUUCCCAUAUAAAGUUAUGUAUUUUAAAGUUUAAAUACAUUAUUCGUUACGAUAUUACCACUUAACUACUGUAUUUAAUUAACAGAACUACAAUCCUCGCCUCUGUGUAGCACGUAUAAAAAUGUACCCAUGGCUAGUUGGCAUCAUUCAUGUUUUGUUACUUGAUGCCCAUAUAGAGAGCGCGCUGAAAGCAUGCAAUGUGUGCGCUCUGUCUCAUGCCGAUUAAUUUACAUUCUAUAGCCUACACUUUUUCGUGAUUAGUGUUAACUACAAUAAUAGUUAUUCGUACACAACAUUAAUUCUUGCUCACGUUUUAGUUACUGUUUUGGUUUUUCUAUUUUAUGUUGAACGAAAUUUGUUUUUGUUGCAUGACUAAAUAAUUUAAAUUGUUUGUCGUCCUUUUGUAUACCGUACUUUUUAAUUUAACAUGUGCAUUCUGAUGGGUAGUUAGUCUAGGGUUACUUUGAAGAUGCUGAGUUUAAACUAAAAAACUGUUUUGUUUUAUUGAUAUUUAUACUAACAAUGUGGCAUUUGGGCACACGUAAAUCUUCUGACCAUUGAUUGCUUCAAGCUACCCAAAAUGCCCGGCACUGCCUUCAAAACACUUGGCUUGUUUACAUUACUAAUUCUGCAAGUUACACAUCGUCAAAGCUGAUUUUAAAUAUAAAAUUCCCAUUGUUCUUCAAAUGGCAAUAUUAUGAGUGCACAGUAGUGGAAACCUGUCCGGCACACGUCCAAAGAUGACAAAAAAUUUUUGGCAAAUCAUACUUUAAGGUUUCAUUCCCUGUAUUUGUAUGACUAAGGAGCAGUGAAAACGACAUAAUCUCAUAUCUACAUUAUAUUACAAUAUUUGCUUCAUGAGCAUAUUACAAUCAAACUGUAAAAUGUUUGUGAAAAUUGUAGGUGUAUGAAUAAAUAAUAUUGGCAAGCUUUACCUAAUACCACAAUAAGAAGGAAUGCUACUCAUAUGCUUUUGGAUUUUUCUCUGACAGUUAAAAUUUGCGAGAGCUGGUCUGGCCUGGAGUUGGGAAAGCAGUAAUUUGCAAGAGAUACAAAGUUGUAUUGAAGUUACGUUCAAAAUGUAUAUUUUAUAUAUUUAAAAAAAUGUUAACUAUGUAGUACAAAGUGCAUACAUAGUUGCUGUUCUAACUGGCAAGUUAACAUAGUGGAGUACUUACUAACUUGGAAGUGACUGCUGUUAGCUGUGGUAAGAGGUACGUACUUAUGAGAGCGGUGCAGUUGUAGAUAAGUGUAUUUUUAAGACUGUGAAGUAAGCUGCUGUUUAUUUCUGUAGCUGAGGAAUGGCACUAUGGGUUUAGAAUGUGCGUGACAUCACGAGUCACUACACGUCUUGCCUUUGGCUCUAAUACGAGCUGCUGAGACAACAUGUGGGUUCUGCAUGUAUGGUUGCAAUGUCAGGGACAUAUAUGAGGGUCAUUCAAUAAUAAAGAGACAGAUUGAUGUAAUAAAUACUGUGUGUUUUAACAAAAUGAGACUUUUACUACUUCUCAACAUAAACCCUUACCAAUAUUAAUACACUUGUCCCAAUGAUUUCACAAUUUUUUUAUACCUGAUGCAAAGAAGGGUUUGUCUUGUUGUUUGACCCACUUUCCCACAAAUUCCUUGACCUUAUCAUCGCUACUGAACUUUCUUCCACGUAACGUCCCUUGGGUGGACCAGACAUGAAAAUCUGAGGUAGCCAAAUCUGGACUGUAGGGAGGAUGAGGUUGUAUCUCCCAACCCAUUUCUUUACUGGUUUCUGGGUCAGCUUGGCGGAGUGAGGGCAAGCAUUGUCGUGUAGCAACAUUGUGCCUUUUUUUUUUGGAGAUCUGCGAGAUUUAGCUCUCUUUGCUGGCUACUUUGUUGGUCAACAUGUCUGAGUAGUAGACACUGUUUAUUGUACACUGAUUGUCCAAAUAAUCACAAAAGAUGACACCUUGGCCAUUCCAAAUAAUCACAAAGGAUGACACCUUGGCCAUUCCAAAUGAUGGUCAAACUGUCUGAGUAGUAGACACUGUUUAUUGUACGCUGAUUGUCCAAAUAAUUACAAAGGAUGACACCUUGGCCAUUCCAAAUGAUGGUCAACAUGUCUGAGUAGUAGACACUUUAUUGUACGCUGAUUGUCCAAAUAAUCACAAAGGAUGACACCUUGGCCAUUCCAAAUGAUGGUCAACAUGACUUUUCACGCUGAUGCUUGCGCUCUGAAUUUAUUUUGGACAGGUGAGCUGAUGUUUUUCCAUUCCAUGCUUUGUCUUUUGGACUCUGAUUCAAAAUGGUGGACUCAAAUUUAAUCACAUGUUAAAAUAUUGCUUAGAAAAGAGUCAUCUUCCUUUUCAUGGUUUCUUUCAAGUCUGUACACACUUUGAGUCUUGUUUCCUUGUGUUUUUGCAUUAACUCUUUCAGGACCCAUCGUGCACUUGUUUUGCUGUACUUGAGCUUGUUCCUGAUAACGAUAUGAACUUUGCCAAUAUUUACUGCAACUGUUUUUGCUAUAUGUUCAACUAUAACACAUCUGACUUCACGAAUAAUGUCAUCAGUGCUGGUUUCCAGCGGAGUUGACACUUAAACUGGCCGGUCAAGACAUUGCUCAUCAAUCCCGGAGAUUCAACUGUUUUUGAACUGUUUUACUCACUUAUAAAAAUUUCCGCAGUUCAUACUUUUUUUACCGUACUGUAAAAUCAUUUCAGAUAAUAUUUUAGCCAGUUUUUCACCUUCAGAUAGCAAAAAAACUUAUUACUGAACGUUGUUCAACUAAUGUGGAAACUUUAAGCGGACAUGCCAUUGUUAAAUGCAAUAUUGAGGUUAUAAACAAAACAUUUUUAACCUUCAGCUUUUCUCAGCUCAUCCAAGUGAUGCAAACCUAAAGUCAUGAAAGUACAAAACUCCUCCUACGAACUGUUUCAUUUCUUCAUCAAUUUGUCUCUUUAAUUAUUAAAUGGCCCUCGUAAGUACGUGAAGAAGAUAAGUUGUAUUUCUUUUGCAGACCAAAUACUAUACUAAAUGAUAUAGUUGCAUUAGAAUAUUUUUUUUUUUUUAUUUUUAGUUUGAUUUAUCUAGGAAUUUGUAGGCAUGCAUAUUUGUUUUUAAUUAAGUUUCAAUUUUUAAAUGAUAUUUAUUUCAAAUUGGAUGGGGAGUUCUGGCUAAGCUCUGAUUACCUGUUCGGGUACAGUUCUUUAUAUUGAUCAUUAAUGUUUCAAAUUUGAAAAUGUUAUGUUAGGCUACAUCUCAUAAUACUUUUUAAUCAGUAUUGGCUACUUUUUAAGUGGAGGGAAAAAAAAUCACAUAUUUAUAAGAUGAUUUAAAAACUAUUUUUUUUUUUCUGAAAAUGUUUGUUAAAUUUACAGUAAAUAAACAUUUUUGGUGUCAUAUACGUACAGUGAUUUUACAAAAGUAAUGUAUUUCCCUUUUAUGUGUUAUUUUGGUUAUAAAUUUGCAAAUUUAAUUUUCUCUAUUGUAUAUACAUAGUAUAAUGUAUUAUGUAAGUAAAGGGUAGCUAGAGAUGAUGAUAAAUUAAGUCAACUUAAAACAAAAAUCGUUAUGAAAUGUUGUAUGACAAGAAAUGUGCUAUUUGUUUUGAUUUUUAUAUUACCAUUUUUUGUUGUUCCAAUAUUUCUUUCACUUAAUUAUUUUAAUAAUUUCUUUAUCUAAAAUUCUAAUUUAUAAAAACAAUUCUGCUUCUCAUAUAUAUGUAUAUGCGUGUGUAUAGAUACGUUACAGUUAUCUAUGGUAAGUAUACUUCAACACCAAAACAUCUUCUUUUAAACAACGUGUUUGAUUUAUAGCAGUCUUUGACAGCAUGUGUGGACACUACAACAGUAAAAGUCAGUGUGUUCGAAUGAAGUUAAUGUGCUGUUGAAAGAGCUAAAAUACUUGUAUACUUAGCUUAAAGUGUGAUCGUGUUAGCUAUGUGGCUGGCCAGUUCCUCUGUGGUGAUGUCACGUGUCAAACACGUUGCUUACGGGUGCCUGCGUCUACCCAAUAGUGCCAUGGAGGUUUAGGACUAUCACAUUGGCAGCUACAGUAUUCUGUGCAGAUGUUUCCAUUAAUGGUAGUCAGCUACACGUGUAGACUUCUUUGGUAGUGAGCUCUGUGCUCUUCAACGAUGUUUUUAUAAGCAUUAUGUUGAGUCGGAGUCCCAGGCAGUUAAUGUAAGUGAUAUAGUGUAGCAUAUUAUAGUGCCAUAAUGCUCUACGAAUACACAGCAUUUGUCUGAAAGCUUUCUUGUAUUGACAAUAAAUACAUGUUUCCUCAAUGUUAACCCUUACAUAGAAAUUGGUUAAAUGUGUGGAAGUGUUACAGUUAGUUAUUAUGUUCAUUCUUUAAGAAGGGUGCUAUGUAUAAAAUCUUUUUUAGGUACGUAGAAAUAUUCUUUAUUUACGUAAAUUUAUUUUGUCAGGCAUGGCAUCAGUAUUAUGUUUUAUAGGUAACAACUAUGGUGUGAUUUAAAAUGAAGUCAUUUGAUAUGUGAUAAAAGUCAGUUUUUAUUUAUUUAUAAAUGUAUAUAUUUGUCAUAUUUGUAGUAAUUAAAGUGUGGUGAAUUUUUGGUUGAGUGCACUGUAUGCUGGAAGUACAUGCACCAGUUAAGUUUACACUGGGUAUUGGGCAAACUUUUUCUAAGAGAUUUAAAUUAAUGAGAUGUAAAAUAACUGGUUUACAAAACACGUUUUGCACAACAUUGGGAAUAGCUUAAAUAAAAACAUUUAUUUGUAAGCUCGCAACCAUAAUCACUUGAAAUAUUUUGGCUGGGCAGUGUAAUGAACCGUGUAUUUAGUCCCAUGUUGAACAUUUUUGAUUUGUAGUUUUUUUUCUUCUUUUAAUGAUAAAUAAGGUACAUGUUUUCAUAGUAAUUUUUUAAGGUGCCGAUAUAUACUGUAUUUACUCGCAUAUAGGUCGCGGCAAUUUUACCAGAUUUUGUGGGGAAAAAAUGAAGUGCGACCUAUAUGUGAAAAAAAUUUUUUUUUAAUUUUUUGAGGAAUUUUUUUGCAGUAUUUUGCUUUAAAAAGUUUAUAUAGGUAUAGGCAAAUUUAUUUACAAUGUACACAUACAGCGAAACCCCUUAUUUACGUUACCGUUAUUUACGUUUUCCCGUUAUUUGCACUAUAUUCUUCAGGUCCCGUUUAGUUCCCAUUUAGUCCAAUACAAAACUUUCACGCAAAUUACGACUCAAAAAUCGAAUCCAUCCCGCUAUUUACGUCACGUAACAACCAUAAACAACCAGAAAAUACAGUGGGUACUUUAAGAGUAAAUAAGAUUAGCUAGUAGGCCUAAAAACACUAAAAACAUCGUGAAAAACAUUUGCGCUUAUAGUCGGCAAUGAACAUUUUAAAUCGCAAAAUAUACAUUUUUUAUAACAUGAAAAGUUGCUUUUAUUUCUAAACAUGUAAUAAUUUAAGCCUAGGCGUGUAAAAGUCCGAGUAAUUAUAGCAGGAGACAAUCUAAAACGCACGAGGAAAAAACGUAAACUCACGAAUGUAGAACGUGGCUGAUUGUUAAUUUCUGAUACUGUAUUUAUGUCACAACUUAGCCGAAAUACUGGUACGAGACAAACUUCACAAGAUAAAAUGAGCGGAGUCUUGGUAACUGUUUUAUACGUAUUUUAUAAUUUCGGAAGUAUUGUACAGUUGACGCAUAUUUUUUAAACCAACAAUUUAUUUCUGGGGAUCGUAAUUAAUUAAUUAUUGGUCAAGACAUCAAGAUUAACGUAAACUUGAACAUGUCACGGCAGCGAGAAAACUGGUGCGUAUACCAAUAAACUGGUAUUAGAACUGUAAAAAACUGGUACACGGGAGGUGGAGCUUAUAUUUUUUUCCACCAAACUCUCAUCUACUGGCUGACUGCUGAUGGAACGUCACGAGUCUGGGCGGAGCGUUGAGUGAGUUAUACUGCGCAUGCGCAGCUCAGUGACCAAAGAGCGAGCAGGCGCGCCGUAACAGCAGCUGAUCAGGUACAAUGACCUUUCUCCGCGCACGGCCCACGGCGCGGUAAUGAAUUACCGGUGCGACCUAUAUGGGGGGAAUCUUAAAUACCAAAUUCAAGACCUCAAAUUAUGGGUGCGACCUAUCUGCGAUGGCGACCUAUAUGCGAGUAAAUACGGUACCUACAUGUAUAUAGUUCUCAUGUGUACUUAUCUGUAAGUUUUGAUGGAUUAAAUCACAAAGCCCUCUGUCAGCAAGUCUCUACUGUUUGCAUUACAAGACAGUCCAGCUUCCAAAUUUUUUGAAUGAAAUACCUAACAAUAUUCACUGCCUGUGCAAUCUACUAAGUUAUGAAUUAAAAUUCAAACUUUACUUGUCACGGCCAGAUAAAAUUUAAACACAGAGUGGCUCAAAUUGUAUUAAUUUUUAUUUUGAUGUUUAUUUGACAAGCAAAUAUAUUGCUAGCAUAUAUUAAGAUGUAAUAAAAUUGUUUAUUAUGAACUGACAAUAUAAGCUUUUUCUUUCUGUAUUUAGUGACUAAUUGUUUGUUAGCUGUAAAGUAAUGGCAAUUAUCAGGAACAAAUUACAUUUUAACUGUUUCAAUAAAUUUGUUUAAAUAAUUUUUUGGUUUGCUAUUUUCUGUCUUAUAUCCAACUUUUGCUAACUAUGUAUUUUACAAUUUUUACACUCCAUUGUGGUUUACUCUAUUGUCUAUAUUAACAUAUUGCCCCAAAUGAAAUAAUCUAUCACAAAACUGUGUUAAAAACAUUUUUUUAUGUAUUUAUCAUGAACAUGUAAGGAAGAUAUAAAUGUGAGGUUCCUGCCUCUGUAUAUCUUCAUUGAUUCAGUGUACAGUGCCCUGAUACUAUGUCAUCCCUUCCACCUUAGAAGCUCUCUCGUCUCUAGCCAGACCAAGUGAGCAGCCUUCUACGAGACUAGCACUCCUUCAACUGAGUUAGUUGUCCACAAGAAUAGCAGCUUAAAGUGUGACAGUUAUAUGUGAUAUGAUACAUGAUAUAUGAUUCAGUUGGAUUCGGGCUUUAGACCUUUAGGCUGUCAGUUGCAUUCAUGCACUGCCUUCAUUUUGAGUUCGCUCAGAGUUUAUCUUUACAGUGCUUCCUGUUUUCUAGAAUUACAUUUAACAUUUAACGCUUUUACAUUUGGUAUUCCCAUUCAAACUGUACUCUCGUUGCGGCCGAAUGUCUGAAGUGGACAGAUGUGUUUUUACAGUCAAUUAAUUCAGUUUGUUCGUAAGCCUCAGUUGACAGGUGUAGACAGUACGAUAUUUGAUUCUUUCCUUUCCUGGAUAUCUUCAGGACUGAAAUCUUGCUGUUGUUCAUAUUGUCAACUACAAAUUCACAUGUUAAUGCAUCCUGAUCUUGGGGCAUGGGGAACCACAAAAAAUCAUGGUGGUAGUCAAGAGAGGAGUUGAUGUGCGUGCUUUUGUCGGAAGUUACAUUGAUGGUAAUAUUUUUUUUUGUAUUUAUUUUAUUUUUUCAUUAAUGGUCUGUCAUCUAUAAUUUGUGUGUUGUAAAAUAUUAUGGUAGAUUAUUUAACUUCCACAGUGAAUCAUUAUAUAAACAACUUUAUAGCCAAAGUCUGUGAAAUCAAUAUAUAGAUAUCCACAUUGCAUCUCUAAACAACAUACUCAGUCAUUGAAAUCAAAAACACAUAACCAUAAUCAUACAAACGCAACAUGAACAAUAUUAUUAUUCUUAGUUUUUUCAGUAUCGUAAAGAGCCAUUAUUUUCUCAUAUCUAGGUAUAAAAAAAUAUUGGCUACAAUAUAUUAACAAAAUUAAGCAGAAUCCUAAGUUAUUCUGGAGCUACACACGUAUUAUGAGAAAUGGCUGUGUACAACAACCAUCUGUGUAGGUUAAUGAUUUUGUCAUAAAGACAGAGAACUUAAUGUCAACUGCUGUGCUGAUUAUUUUUCUAGUUUAUUUCUAACCUGAUCACCUAAAAAAAAAAAAAAUCCAUCAAUUUUUAUAUGUACAUAUUAUUGUAUUCCUAUGGUCAAUAUCACAAAAGUCUGGUUCUAUGGGUUGUAAAAUUCCUAAUGUUUAUACUAUCAACAGGUUCUCAUGCUAAAUUUUAUUAUAUUAUAAUAGGUUGCUCACAACUUCUCAUUCCUCUUGUAUAGUACUUCUAUGAGGGAGGACCCAUUCGUAGAUGUAGUAGUGAGUUCUCUCGCUAUAUGGGGUUAGUAGAUACCUUCACUAAACAGCUGCCCAGUCGGCAUCAUUUUUUAGGUUAACGUUUGAUCAUAGUAUUGUUUUUCUCUUACUGUUCUCGUGUUCCGCCUGCAAAGUCGUCGUGGCAGGUGUAAAAGAAGAAAGAUUAUGUUUGAAAUUUUGUUUCCUACUUCAAAAAUCAGCAUUGGAAGCUUACCAAAUGCUUUAGCAGACUUUCAAGGAGGAUGCUAUGAGCCGCACACAAGUUUUUGAGUGGUUUGGGUGCUGUAAACAUGGUGAGAUGAGUGUUGAAGACCAUGCUCAUUCUGGGCGCCCUUUGACAUCUCGAAACUAUGAAAACAUUGAAAACAUUUGCCAGCAGAUUUUGACUGAGGAUUUGCAAAUGAGAUGAGUUGUCGCUAAAUUUGUUCCUAACAUUCAAACAGGAUCAGAAAGACCAUCCAUUUUAAUUUGAGCCAGGACUUGAAAAGAAAGAUUGUAAGUGGUCCAAACUUUUUGACCGAAGUCAUUACGAGUGUUGAGAGUUGGUGUUACGGGUAUGACCCAGAAACCAAGCGUCAAGCCAGUGGAAGACUCCCAUAUCCCCCAGACCAAAAGAAGCAAGACAAGUGAGGUUGAAUGUUAAGACAAUGAUCAUUAUCUUUUAUGAUGUUCGUGGAUUUGUGCACCGGGAAUUUGUUCCCCCUGGCCAGACAGUUAACCAGCACUUUAUUUGGAAGUUUUAAGACGUUUGCGUGGGAUGUGCUGAGGAAAUGCCCGGAACUUUGGCGAUCAGGUGACUGGUUUCUUCAUCAUGUCAAUGCCCCCGCACACAUGGCCUUAUGAGUGAACUGCUAUUUAGCCUCUCAGGGAUGGUCUAUCGUUCCCCACUUUCCGUAUUCAACAGACCUAGCUCUUCCUGUUCCCGAGAAUAAAAGAAAAAAAUUCUAAAAAGGAAGCAUUUUGAUGUGGAGGUGGUAAAAACAGCUUCGCAACGGGCAUUGGAGGAUAUAAAAUUUAAAGAGUUCCAGAGGUGCUUCAAACAGUGGGGAAAAAGACUUGACUAAUGCAU